UAUGCACACCUGGGAACCAUCAGUAUGCACACCUGGGAACCAUCAGUAUGCACAUCUGGGAACCAUCAGUUUGCAUACCUGGGAACCAUCAGUAUGCACACCUGGAUUUCAUCCCCACCCUGAUUACCCUCCCUUUAUAUGAAAAAUCAGUAGCCUUAGUCAACAGGCAGUAUUGGUUUUGUUCACGUUCAGUCGGCUUCUCCUGUUUCAUUUAUCUGAUUUCCCUCAUCAUUAAACUCACCUUCUGCUCCCAUGACUCCAACUUCAUAACCCCAACAUCUCCUGGUUGUAGAUGAGAAUCACCACCUGUGGACCACAACACACCAUAAAAGGAAAACAACACUGCUUUUUUGCAUCCUGUGGUUCCUUGUCGUUGGAGGGUCCUGUGAGUGUCCCUUAUUGUUGGACCAGUGUUUUGGGACGUAGAUACGGACAUCCACCAGGCUCUGGAGAAGGAAACCAAUCCUGCCACCCCCCCCCCCUCCCCCAGAGUGCAUCUACGUCCCCAUGGGGUGAGAGAUUGGCUGUUGCCCUGGGCACACAUAUCCUGGUGGCCCACCUUGGCGCGGGACAUCGCCCACUAUGUCAACUCAUGUAUCAUAUGUACCAAAUCCAAAUCAGCCCGUCAAGCUCCAGCAGGGAAACUAUUUCUCAUUCACAUGCCUCAUCCGCCUUGGUCACGUCUGUCCAUUAACUUUGUAAAGGACCUCCCCCUUUCUGAUGCUUUUACCACUAUUCUGGUUGUUGUGGACAGAUUCUCCAAAUCCUGUCAUUUAUCCCUCUCUCUGGUCUACCUAACGCUCUCCAGGUUGCUGAGGCACUAUUCCAGCAAGUCUUCCAGCUUUCUGGCCUUCCGGAUAAGAUCGGUCCGACCGUGGUCCCCAAUUCUCGUGGCAGGUCUGGAAAGCCUUUACAGAGAAGCUGGGGGCCAUGGUCAGCCUCACAUCCAUGUACCGGCCUCAGUAUAACGGGCAGGUGGAUAGGACCAACCAAGAGCUGGGGAGGUUCUUAAGGAAUCACUGCCGGGACUGGCAUGAGGAGUGGGCCCAGUUUCUUCCCUUGGUGAAAUACGCCCAGAACUCUCUUCGCCACUCCUCCACCGGGCUAACUCCCUUCCAGUGCAUCUCCAAGCCAGACCGUGGCCUGCAGUGGACGUCUGGUUCCGACAGACAGAGGAGGUGUGGAAUAGCACACACGUGAGGCUCCAGGGCGCUGUGAGGCUCCAGGGCGCUGUCCGCCUUCAGAAGAAUCCGUCAGAUCUCCACCGCAGUGAGGCUCCCGUGUACCGUCCUGGUGAUCGCGUCUGGCUUUAAUUUUUUUUUUUAUUAUUAUUUUUUUUUCACCUUUAUUUAACCAGGUAGGCUAGUUGAGAACACCUUUAUUUAACCAGGUAGGCUAGUUGAGAACAAGUUCUAAUUUACAACUGCGACCUGGCCAAGAUAAAGCAAAGCAGUGUGACACAGACAACAACACAGAGUUACACAUGGACUAACAUGGAAUACACAAUAAACAAGCCAAUAACACAAUAAACAAGUCAAAGAAAGUCUAUAUACAGUUUGUGCAAAAGGCAUGAGGAGAUUGGUAAUAAAUAGUCCACAGUAGCAAUGCAAAGGCAAGCUUGAAAAAGCUGACUGCGUGUAUUGGUUCCUGACUUCCCUGAACAGUUGCAUAUCGCGGGGACAAUUCGAUGCUAUUGUAGUCCGCCCACAGUGUGGUUGGUCUGAUGUCUGACAAAAAGUAUUUGUACCCAUGAUGUAACUGAGACACAGUCUCCCUCAACUUGAAGAAGUGUGGUUCCUAAUUCAGUCCAGAUGGACAUUUCUAAACGUCUAUGGAAUGUUCAUGUGGAAUGCCACUAUUAAUUUUGUCUGCAUGUGCUCCAGUGCAUACCCCAUAAUGCUCUACAAAGGCAAAACGCAGUAACUACGUAAUUUAUUUUACUGCAAAAUCUGACUUCAAAGUCUUUUUCUGUCAAGACAGACACCAAUUGCUGAUACUCCAUGAUAUAUUCUGAUCAACUGGCUUGCUCUUGUGUCAGUAAACUAAAUACCACAUUAAUCAGAUAGUACACCUGGCCAGUACAACAGAUCAAAUUUGUAGUUAUUGCGCUUUGCCAUUGUAGGGCAGCGUAAACUUAUGCCAAUUCAUCAUCUUCCAUACUGUCAACCUUAGUUAUCUAAAGUUCUAUCUAAGUUAACUUCAAAUAGUUGUCCUAUUUCCCAUGUAAAAUAGACUUUGAGUGACCUCACCAAUACUAGAUUUUCCAUAUUAAAAUGCUCAGUUGAGGAAAUGUACCUUUUCUAUAAUCUCUGACUAUCAGUAAGACUGAAGGACAGGCUUGGUGGGCACAACAACAUCCAAUCCUGUCACACAUUACAUCAUAUUUUCAUGCAUGAUAUGUUAAUCAAACAGUUUGUUCGUGUGUGUGUGUGUGUGCGUGUGCGUGUGUGUGUGUGUGUGUGUGUGUGUGUGUGUGUGUGUGUGUGUGUGUGUGUGUGUGUGUGUGUGUGUGUGUGUGUGUGUGUGUGUGUGUGUGUGCAAAGAGACUCCGGAGGAGGGGAGUUUCUGUCAGUAACUCAGGGAUAAAUAGAGAGGCAGAGUUUGUCAGAAGGCAGACCUGACAGGGUCACACACAGGACCAAGCAAGAGCAGGACCUCAGCAUUUUUUACUUUUAUUACAAAUGGAGAAAAAUGAAGAUGUUAUAAACUGUUUUCAAGGCAGAAACUCUUCUUGCAGAAAGGCUUUGCUAUCGACAUCAAUCUACAUAACACUGUACAUCUUCUUCUCAUUGUUUUCAGCAGUUACAGUAUUUUUGAAUGUACUGGUGAUCAUCUCCAUCUCUUACUUCAAGCAGCUCCACACUCCAACCAACCUGCUCAUCCUCUCUCUGGCUGUGGCAGAUCUCCUGGUGGGACUGAUUGUGAUACCAUUAACGACUGUAGCAAUAAUGGAAUCAUGCUGGAGUUUUGGGGAAUAUUUCUGUGUGUUUCAUUUAUAUAUGGCUUUUUUAUGUACUUCUUUAUCUCUGGGCAAUUUGGUCUUGAUAUCUAUUGACCGCUAUGUUGCUGUGUGUGAUCCCUUAUUGUACCACUCUAAAAUUACAACAACAAGAAUCAUGUGUUGUAUAUCCAUUACCUGGUGUUGUUGUAUCAUAUACCGUGCUGCUAUUAUAAAAAACGUUGUAAAUGUGCUGGUACCCAGUAGGUGUUUGAAAGAAUGUUUUAUUGUAGAGGAGUUACAUUGGGUUAAUAUCAUUGACAUUGUAAUUACAAUGUUUGUCCCGUGCUCUAUUAUUAUAACACUUUAUAUGAAAAUCUUUGUGGUGGCCAGAUCACAGGCCAGAAAGGUAUUUUCAAAAGAGGCUGCCAGUGUGUCUGGUGUUAAAACUGUACAAGCAAAUAAGUCUGAGAGAAAAGCAGCAAAAACUCUGUCUAUUGUUGUUUUCAACUAUCUCAUUUGUUGGAUUCCAUCUCUAUUUCCUUUCAUCUUUGUAUCUUUUUUAAGUGAAAAUGUUUUAAGCUUUAUCAUCAGCUUUCUGCCACUUGUUAAUUCCUUAAUUAAUCCAAUAAUUUAUGCUUUCUUUUAUCCUUGGUUCAAAGUGACAGCUAAACUUAUUUUAACUCUGAAGUUAAGACGUUCAUAGUUCCUAUGGUUUAUGCCAACAUUUGAAUAACAUAGAUUUGCCAUAGUUAUGAAAUACAAUUGUUGUAAUUGCUUCUUUCAUGUAACAAUACACUGACGUGACUUUUCUCAGUGUUUUCAUCAUAGGUACAUGUGGUGUUGAUACAGAAUGAUUUGGCUGGAUUGAAUUGGAAUGACUUGGAAAAGGCAUAAGAAUGCAUAAGCUUUUUUUAUUUUUAUAAAAGACAUUGUAGACAUUUUGGGUUGUAUAUUCCAAAUACCAAAGCCUGUGUUUGUCUGCUCAGGAGGAGGUUAUGAGUCAUUCUAUAUCUUGUUUAACAUCACCAUCUAGUGGCUGAAUUGGGACACAAUGCCUUUAACAAGUGUACUGAAGUGGAAUUGUUCAAUAUUGCACAAUAUCAGAUAAUGUCCAAGUCUAUUGUGUAAGUCGUCGAGGGUAAAAUGUGAGAAUAUGCAAUUAUGUGUAAGUCUUUAUAAUGUUCAGUAAUAAACAAUUUGUAAGGCAUUUACAGUUCCACCAUUUAUUAAUAAUUACUCCCACAUGUGUUAAAUGUUAGUCAGCUAGGUAUUCUCACAUGUGUAAAUAACUACUAUAUGCAUUAAUAUUUAAACGCAGGAGACCACAGCAGACACUUGAACUUCAACAUACUGGGUAAGAACAGUACCACUACUCUCACUACCACUACUCUCACGACAUCACUGCUGACAGGUCAGGGGUCACACCAGAACAGCUCUCUCAGAUGCUGUGGAGUCUGAAUUGAUAUAGAGAUCGGUAACACUUUAUAUUAACAC